AUGAUAUGGCUUGUUGCGCUGGUCGUCCUCAGCCUACUUCAGGUAGCUGAUGCAAGGCUCAGAUUUGAGAGGCAAACGCCGCCUUGCGAUCCAUGUGCAGCAGCAGCAGCAGCUGCGGCGGCGGCGGCGGCAGCAGCAGCACCACCACCACCACCUCCGCCUACUGAACCACCACCACCACCACCACCUCCGCCUACUGAACCACCACCGCCACCACCUCCUCCGCCUACUGAGCCACCACCGCCGCCACCACCGGCUCCGGCUCCGGCUCCGGCUGCGGCUCCGGCCACUACAGUGUGCGUAACAUGUCAGCAACAACCUCAAACGCCGACUACGAUCAUAAAGGAAGUUAUAAGAGAACGUUAUGUAAUGCCUCCAAGAAGACGCUGGCGCCCUAUGCCCUUUUGGUUCCCACCCCCACCACCCCCACCACCUCCACCGCCACCACCACCUCCACCACCGCCACCACCACCACCGCCGCGACGACCUCCAAUAGUUAAAUACAAGUUUGUGUACCACCGUCAGCAACCCUGGUACAGUUGUAACGUAUGCGCGGUCAAAGUUCAAUGCACUGACCCUACCGGUGUAGCUUGCGCUACAGCCACAGGUGGUUAA